CAGGUUCUGUUUCAGUAUUCACCCAGACAAAGGAAUAUGUCGUGGCGCAAUCAAGGCAUCACGGGGUCCAACAAUAUUCCCCUGGGCAAGAGGCGGUUUGGUGGUGGUGAGGAGGAAGACAGUCGCACCGCGACACCUGCCUCCGCUCCCGGGGACCAGCGUGGUAGAAGUCCUGUUCGAGCUGAUCCUCCUGCGGACGGAGUGAAGCGACGCAAGAAGCGUAACCGCUGGGGUGAUGCUCAGGAGAACAAGGCCGCUGGUCUGAUGGGCUUGCCCACCAUGAUCAUGGCCAACUUCACUACUGAGCAGCUUGAGGCGUACACUCUUCACCUGCGUAUUGAAGAGAUCAGCCAGAAGCUGAGGAUUAACGAUGUAGUCCCCGCGGAUGGCGACAGGUCCCCGUCUCCCCCACCGCAGUACGAUAACUUUGGAAGACGUGUAAACACUAGGGAAUACCGCUACCGCAAGCGCCUCGAGGAUGAGCGUCAUAAACUCGUGGAAAAGGCGAUCAAGACCAUUCCUAACUAUCACCCGCCCUCUGACUAUAGGCGCCCUACUAAGACCCAGGAGAAGGUCUAUGUGCCAGUCAAUGACUAUCCAGAGAUUAACUUCAUUGGCUUACUCAUAGGUCCUCGUGGAAACACUUUGAAGAAGAUGGAGACCGAGUCCGGUGCAAAAAUCGCUAUCCGUGGCAAAGGCUCCGUCAAGGAAGGAAAAGGCCGAUCUGACGCUGCUCACGCUAGCAACCAGGAAGAAGACCUUCAUUGUUUGAUUAUGGCAGACACCGAAGAGAAGGUUAACAAAGCAAAGAAGCUGGUGCACAAUGUUAUCGAAACGGCUGCCUCUAUCCCUGAAGGACAAAACGAGCUCAAGAGGAACCAACUUCGCGAGCUGGCUGCGCUUAACGGUACACUUCGUGACGAUGAGAACCAGGCUUGCCAGAACUGCGGUCAAAUUGGUCAUCGCAAAUACGACUGUCCUGAACAGCGUAAUUUCACCGCCAACAUCAUCUGUCGUGUCUGUGGCAAUGCUGGGCACAUGGCUCGUGACUGUCCUGACCGCCAGAGGGGCAGCGAUUGGCGCAACGCUGGAGGUUUCAAUCCGGGCCGCAGAGCCAUCGGCGGUGGUGAUGCUGUUGACCGAGAAAUGGAGCAACUUAUGCAAGAAUUGUCUGGCGGCGCUCCUGGUCCGGAUGGCCAACCAGUCCGUCGUAUCGAGGCCGGUCCUGACGGUUACGACGACCGCGAUUACAAGCCCUGGCAACGCGCUCCCCCUCCAAGCGACGUGGCUCCCUGGCAGCAACGGGGUGGCCGUGACAACCGCCGUGACGAUUACGGAUCCCGCGACAAUGGCGGUGCUGCACCAUGGGCCACUCAGGGCCGUGGUGGCAACGACUAUGGUUAUGGUGCGGGCGCUUAUGGCGCUCCCCCAGGGGCUGGGACAGCUGCUCCUUGGCAACAGGCGGCUCCCCCUCCACCUGGACAGGCUGCUUAUGGAUAUGGCUAUCCUGCGUAUCCUCCGCCUGCACCUGGUAUGGGCGCUCCUCCUGCUCCUCCUGGCCUGGGUGCUCCUCCUCCCCCACCAGGCAUGUCUUCGAUGUACUACGGCGCCAGUGGCAGUCCACCGCCGCCUCCUCCUGGCGAGGGACCACCCCCUCCGCCUCCAAGCGACCAGCCCCCGCCUCCCCCACCACCUGCUUGAACAAAAUUGUUUCGUUAUGCUGGUAGUUAAAUUUUGGUUGCUGCUAAACGGUGAGGGAGCAAGGUCUAGUUCCAAAGGGAAGGAAAAUUCUCUUUUCUUUUAUCAGGAGGUUUCUUCUCUUUAAGUCGAAUCUGGUAUCUUUAUGGCUUGUGUUUUACUAACAUUUAGUACUAACCGAAUCAAACUGUUUCCGUGAUUAC